AUGAUGGCUGUAACAAUUCUACGUUUUGUACAACAAGUCAUAACUCGAUACGGCAUUACAAUCUAUUUCGCAUUAGGUGUUAUAGGUAAUAUUUGCAAUUGUAUGAUGUUCAUGCGACCUUUGUAUCGUCACAUGCCGGGUUCUAUCUAUUUUCGUUCUCUCUCAAUUUUUUCGAUUGUUUAUUUAUUUUGGGUGUUUGUUCCACUCUUCAAUACACUUGAUCAUGCUGAUGCUCAACUACAAUCAUUACUGUAUUGUAAAAUAAAAUCUUAUGGCAGUCAUGUUUUUGGUCAAUGUAUUCGUAGUGUUGUUGUGUUUGCUUGUGCUGAUCGAUUUUUUCUUACACGAACAAAUGUACGUAUUCGUUCAUUAAGCUCCAAUAAGAUUGCAAUGAAGCUUGUUUUCAUUAUAUGUCCAGCAUGGUUACUGAUCGCCAUACAUAUGCCUAUUUUAACGGAGAUUAGGGGUAAUGUAUGUGGAACAUUUGGUUUAUACAAGACAAUUUAUUCAGUUUAUCAAAUUAUAUCAGUUGUUAUUUUACCACUAACAUUAAUGAGCAUCUUCAGUAUCCUUACUGUCCGUAGUCUUCGUCAACGGAAUGCUAAGCAGACGCAUGCUAGACAAAGAGAUCGAGAUUUUAUGCGCAUGGUUAUGGCUGAAAUUAUAGCACAUAUUUCUACAUCGAUUAUCUAUUCAGGUGGUCUUAUUUAUAGUGCAUUAACAACAUAUGUUGGUCAGAGUAAUGCUCAGCAAGUUGAAAUUGAAGCAUUUAUUUUAUUCUUAACUCAAUUUAGUGUUCAUCUUACAAGUGUUGUGUCAUUUUAUAUGUUUCUUAUAACUUCAAAACCUUUUCGAAAUGAAUUUAUCAAAAUAAUAAUGAAAUAUUGGCAACAGUAUAUAACACGACGAGUUUCAAUUUCUCCAUUAACCGAAAAAACCACUCCGACGACAAUUAAUGUUGGUGCAGUUCAAACCAAAUAA